AAAUGCACUGUUACUUUCAUUUUCAAGCCAGUGACUCUCUUCAAGGCAGCAGGAAGGGACUGAGGCUGUUACGUAUGGCUGAAGAUAAGCGCAAGAAAAACCCACUUAAGGUUUUGGAAUCUGUCGGUAAAGAACUCUUGACUGGCAUUUUGGAUGACUUGGUGGAAAAAAAUGUUCUGAAAUUGGAAGAAACUGAAAAGAAAAAAUUUCAUGAUGCCCAACCUGAAGACAAGGCCCGGAUCUUGGUGGACUCUGUACGACAGAAACGCCAUGAGGCAGGUCAAGUCCUUGUGCAAACCUUCCUUAACAUAGACAAAAAUUCCACCCAUAUGAAAGCUCUUUCGAAUAUAGCGGCUGGACCAGCUGAGUCUGCAGAAUCUACAGAUACCCUCAAGCUUUGUCCUCAUGAAGAAUUCCUGACAAUGAGUAAAGAAAGGGCUGGAGAGAUCUAUCCAAUCAAAGAAAAAAACGACCGCACUCGUCUUGCUCUCAUCAUAUGCAAUACAGAAUUUGAUCGUCUUCCUCUCAGGACAGGAGCUGAGCUUGACAUCACAGGAAUGAGGGGACUGCUUGAGGGCCUUGGCUACAGCGUGGACGUGAGAGAGAAACUCACUGCCAGGGAUAUGGAGUCAGUGCUGUGGGCAUUUGCUGCCCGCCCAGAGCACAGGUCUUCAGACAGCACAUUCUUAGUGUUCAUGUCUCAUGGCAUCCUGGAUGGAAUCUGUGGAACUCUGCACAGUAGUGAAACACCAGAUGUGCUCCCUUAUGACACCAUCUUCCGGAUAUUCAACAACCGCAACUGCCUCAGUCUCAAGGACAAACCUAAGGUCAUCAUUAUCCAGGCCUGCAGAGGUGAUAAUCGUGGGGAAUUGUGGGUCAGUGACUCUCCAGAGGCCACGGCAGACAGCUCUUCACAGCCAUCCGUGAACCUGGAGGAGGAUGCCGUUUACAAGACACACGUGGAGAAGGACUUCAUUGCUUUCUGCUCCUCCACCCCACAUAAUGUGUCCUGGAGAGAUAUCACAAAGGGUUCUCUUUUCAUUACACAACUCAUCGCAUGCUUCCAAAAAUAUUCUUGGCGCUAUCACCUAGAGGAAGUAUUUCGGAUGGUACAACGAUCAUUUGAUAAACCAGAUGUUAAAGCCCAGAUGCCCACCAUUGAACGACAAUCCAUGACAAGAUAUUUCUACCUCUUUCCCGGCAAUUAAAAUAAUAUCAAGAAUUGUUGGCAGGAAAUUACAGGCAUCCAGCCAUUCUUUACCAACUUCGAAAAGCACCUUUACCAGUACAGCAUGUAUAUUUAACCUUUUGUAUCUGAAUAAAAAUAAAAACAAAGUGUC